UUGAACAGGGGAUAAGAAGAUGACUGUGGAGACAGAGUACCUGAACCAGACUAUGGUGAGCCACUUCUUCCUAGAGGGUCUGAUGUACACAGCUGAGCAUCCUGGCCUCUUCUUCCUCCUCUUCCUCCUCAUCUACAGCAUCACUGUGACUGGCAAUCUCCUCAUUCUCCUUACUGUGGGCUCUGACCCUCAUCUCCGCUCCCCCAUGUACCACUUCCUGGGCCACCUCUCCUUCCUGGAUGCAUGUCUGUCUACAGUAACAGUUCCCAAGGUCAUGGCAGGCCUACUGACUUUGGAUGGGAAAGUGAUCUCCUUCCAUGGCUGUGCUGUACAACUUUAUUGCUUCCACUUUCUGGCCAGCACUGAGUGCUUUCUAUACACAGUCAUGGCCUAUGACCGUUACCUGGCUAUCUGCCAGCCCCUGCAUUAUCCAGUGGCCAUGAACAGGCGGGUGUGUGCAGGGCUGGCUGGGAGCACUUGGGCCAUAGGGGCUGUGCAUUCUGCAAUUCACACUUCCCUAACCUUCCGCCUGCUGUACUGUGGGCCUCACCAUAUUGCCUACUUCUUCUGUGACAUCCCUCCAGUACUGAAGCUGGCCUGUGCAGACACCACCAUUAAUGAGCUUGUCAUGCUUGCAAACAUUGGCGUGGUGGCUGCAGGCUGCCUCAUUCUCAUCAUCAUCUCCUAUGUCUUCAUUGUGGCCGCAGUGCUGCGCAUUCGCACAGCGGAGGGACGGCAGCGAGCCUUCUCCACUUGCACAGCACAUCUCACCGUGGUGCUCCUAUACUACAUGCCCCCUGUCUGCAUCUACCUGCAGCCAAGCUCCACGGGGGCAGGGGCGGGAGCCCCGGCAGUCUUCUACACAAUAAUCACUCCCAUGCUCAAUCCUUUCAUUUACACACUGAGGAACAAGGAGGUCAAGCAGGCUUUGAGGAGGUUGGUGUGUAGAGGCUCCUGAGAGUCUCCGACUGGUAGACCUGAGCCUGUGACUGUGUUCCCUGCCCAUCAGGAAGACAACAACGACAACCACUCAAGUCCUGUUUUAAGGAGGAAAAUGCUGGGUGUCAACUGA